GCUGAACUGACCAUACAUAGAAUUUAUUUUCCGAUUGUGCGGAGGGGGUUGUUUCCUCAGAAAAGCCAAGGCUCCUUUGGCUGUCCUCAGAUUCUCACACACCUCUUUGUGUCUCUCUCUUUCUCUCUGCAUCUCAUUGGAACCAACCCAACUCAACGUCUUCCCUCUCGUCUACUCCCCCAAAGGGAAAGAACAGCCCAAAUUAGUAAGUCUUCUGAGGAAUUUAAGCAAGAAAAUUCCUCUUUCCCCGUCAACCUCUAUCUACCCAAGUGGUUAAUCGAAUCGGAAUAUCGAGAUGGCAAGGGAGAAGAUACAGAUCAAGAAGAUAGACAACGCGUCGGCCAGGCAGGUGACCUUCUCGAAGCGGAGGCGGGGGCUCUUAAAGAAGGCCGAGGAGCUGUCCGUUCUCUGCGAUGCUGAUGUGGGCCUCAUCAUCUUCUCCUCCAGCAGGAAGCUCUUCGAGUACUCUAGCUCCAGUAUGAAGGAUAUAAUAGAUCGGCAUCGUUUGCACUCCAAGAACCUCGAGAAACUAGAGCAGCCGUCCCUCGAGUUGCAGCUAGUAGAGAACAGCAACUACGCGAGAUUGAGCAAAGAAGUUUCCGAGAAAAGCCAUCAACUUAGGCAAAUGAGGGGAGAGGAGCUCCAAGGACUGAGUAUAGAAGAACUUCAGCAGCUAGAAAAGUCUCUCGAAGCCGGGUUGGGUCGCAUAAUCGAGAAGAAGGGCGAGUGCAUCAUGAAAGAGAUCACGGAACUUCAGGAGAAGGGAAUGCAAUUGGGGGAGGAGAACGAGAGACUGAGGCAACAGGUGAUGGACAUAUCUAAUGGGCAGAGACUCGUCACCGCGGAUUCAGAUAACCUCGUGAACUACGAGGAAGGCCUAUCAUCGGAGUCGGUCACCAACGGAUGCAACUCCACCGGCCCUCCCAUGGACUACGAGAGCUCCGAUACGUCUCUUAAGCUCGGGCUGCCAUACGCAGGGUGAUCUGAAGUUUCAUCAGAUGGGGAGGCCCAUUUUGUACUUAAUUAAUGAUUAAUAAUAAGAAAAGAAGAAAAUAGACGACUCUAAUUUAUUAUGCAAUGGAAUGAAUGGGAAUCUAUCUUUCGAUC